UUUAUACACAACAUGGCGACAGCCUAUACGUCAUCAAAAUAACAACACAAACAAACAAAUUUAUUUAUUUAUAUUUAUAAUAAUUAUGUAGAAUUAUAUCAACAACAAUAAUAAUAAUUUAAUAUGGGAAAUUGUUUAAGAAUAAUUAUCGACAAGUUUAGAACAAAAUCAGAUCCAAAAAAGGAUAUUGUUUUGUUGAUGACUGGCUUGGAUAAUUCAGGAAAAACUGUAGUCUUGAAGCAUUUAGAUAAUGAUCCAAAUUUGGAUGUGGUGCCAACAAUGGGCUUCAGAUAUGUGCCUUUGAAUCAUAAGUUAUAUUCAAUCAAAGUUUAUGACGUUGGUGGAGGACCUACAAUAAGAGCAAUUUGGAAAAAUUAUUACAACGAUAUUCAUGGUGUUAUUUAUGUUGUGGAUGCUAGUGAUAUGUCACGUCUAGAUGAAAAUAAAAAUAUAUUUGGUGAAUUAAUUUCAAAUGAAAAUAUCGCUGGAAAACCAAUAUUAUUAUUGGCAAAUAAACAAGACAUACCUGGUGCAAUUGACGAGCUAGAUGUCGUUGAAAGUCUUGAUGUUGAAAAAGUUGCAAAUGCCAUGCGUUGUCCAACAAGAGUUGAAAUUUGUUCUUGUAUUUUUACCCAAGACAAAGCAAAAUCCAGUACUUCCGGAAUAAAAAAUGGAUACAAUUGGCUUUUAGAAACAAUAGCUAAAAAUUAUGAAGAUUUAAAUGAACGUGUUCAAGCUGCUCAGCCAGUUCCUGUUGUUAAUAAUAAAACAAGAAGAAAAUCAUCAACAACAUCAUUGUCAUCAAGAGCAUCAGUACAUUCAAAUCCAUUUAAACCAAUUCACCAAGCUAUUGCAGUUGCUGAAGCAAAAGCACAUUCCAAUGGAAAUGGUAUAGAUCAUAAGAAGUUACCGUUUAUGAAAAAAUUAAUAAAAAAUAAUAAAACAGCACCAAUGCAAAUGGGUGCAAAUGGUCCAAUUAUUAAUAACAAUGACCAAGAUGAUGACAAUCAUAUUGUUAAUAUUAUAGAAACAUUUCAAGUGCCUGAAAAUAGUCAACGAAUUUCUUUGAUGACACUGGAUCCGUUAAAUUUAAUAAAUGAUUUUGAAAAACGUGAAGUACCAGCUAGACCAUUUACAGCUCCUCCAUUGUCGUAUAAAAAAGAAAUUAAUAAUUUAUCUGUUGCUGUUAUACCCGGACAAGUGCCUCAAUGACGAAUGAAUAAAAAAAAAAAUCAAUAUGAUUGUUCAGUUUUUAUAUACCUGCAAGUACAUGAUUACUUUUUUUUUUUUUAUCAAUUAAAAAUACAUGUGUAUCGAUAAUUUAAUAUCGAUUAAGUUUAUUUAUAUUUUUUAAAUAUAAAUUUUAUAUUAUUAAUAAUUUAUUAUAAAUAAAAAUACAAGUUUUUUUAUUAUAUGAAAUUAAAUUUUUUUUUUUUUCAUUUAUUUAUUAUUAAAGUAAAUAAUGUUUGGCCUAUGAUGAAAUUUUUUUUGGGAGUAGAUUAAAUGUGCCUCUAAUUGCCUGAGAAAUUUUAGAAAUUUCUAUUUAUGCGUUUUCGAAAAAAAAA